CAGGCAGGUUAUCAGAUAGCCAACUGUUACAAAAACAAGUUGGAGGGAUUUACUCCACGAUGUUGGAAAUGGGUUUAAACGACAAAUUGAGUUUACAAAUCAUAACUGCUGUUGUGGUGAUUUUCCUCACACUUGUGAUUCUUAUCCUUCGUAGCAAACGUAUUGGCAGGAAAGCAGUAUUAUUGACUGGAGUUUGCGAUUCAGGCAAAACACUAUUGUUUGCUCGAUUAGCUCAUAAUAAAUUUAUCCAUACAUAUACAUCAGUGAAGGAAAACUUGGCUUAUUAUAGAAAUGAAAAGGGUACAUUGCAGCUAAUCGAUGUGCCAGGGAAUGAAAGAGUGAGGAAUAGGUAUUUAGAUGAAUACAAGUCAUCUGCAAGGGCUUUAGUUUUUGUUGUCGAUUCUUGCAGUAUUCAGAAGGAGAUUAAAGAUGUAGCAGAAUACUUAUACAACCUCCUAACUGAUAAAACUGUCAUUAAUAACUGCAGAAAUAUUUUGAUUCUGUGUAAUAAGCAAGAUGUACCAAUGGCUAAAGAUGCUGGUGUUAUUAAAUCACUUCUUGAAAAAGAGAUAAACACUGUUCGGGAAACUAAGGCCAGCCAGCUCCUUAGCACAGAUGAAAAUUCCAUGGACAAUAGAAUAAAAUUGGGUUCUCCUGGACAAGAUUUCACUUUUGAUCAAGUAUUGCCUAAGGUUCAAUUUGCAGAAUCAUUUGCUGUUGAUAAAGAAGACGUCGGACCAAACCUCGAUGAACUCAAGAAAUGGUUACGAGCAGUUUCUGGCUAAGAUUAUUUUAUAAUCUUAAUUAAUGGCUUGAUUUUAUUUAUUUUUUGUAUUUUGUUUUGUU